CUUUGGGAGUGAACUUCUUUUUACAGGUUAUUCUUUUAAAGUAGACUUGGCUAAACGUUUUGUAUACUUGUGUUGUUUACAUUGUUAAAAGUGGAAGAAAACUAUAAGUUUCUUGUGUGAGCCAUGGGUCGAAAGCUGGACCUGUCUGGACUGUCAGACCUGGAAGCGGCGCAUGUUUUACAGGUGGUUCAGAGAGACAUGAGGCUGCGCAAGAGAGAAGAGGAGAGACUCUGUGAUCUAAAGCAGGAGUUGGCAGAAGAGGGCAGUCGUAGUCGUCUCUUGUCCACUCAGUCGUGUUUUAACCAGCGCUGUUGUAUUCGCUGCUGCGCUCCCUUCACGUUCCUGCUGAACCCGAAGCGCCAGUGUGGAGACUGUGGUUACAACGUGUGCCGCAGCUGUCGACUCUACAACAAGAAGAGCAAGGGCUGGCUCUGCUCCUCCUGCCAGAAACACAGGUUGCUGAAGACUCAGUCCCUGGAGUGGUUCUACACAAAUGUCAAGAGGAGGUUUAAACGAUUUGGCAGUGCUAAAGUUUUAAAGACUCUGUACAAGAAACACCUGACGGAGCACAACAUCCUCUCAGAGCUGACAGAUGGUAGUGGGUACGAGGAGAGUGUCUGUAAUGAUGACAGCAUCUGUGGGAGCGACUCCACUUUCUACAGACAAACUGAAGAGCACAGUAUGUCUGAGACGCUGACUGUGGCUCGGCGUGUGGCAGAAGAGGCCAUCGAUGAAGCCAUUUCUAAAGCUGAAGUCCACACCUACUGCCAGGAAAAGCAAAAUGAGGCUCACUAUCUGCGCCAACAUCGAGGAGAACUUAUUGAGGAACUGGCAACAACCAUAGUAGAAAAAAUCAUCAGUCGCAGGAAGACUUUGGCACAGAUCAAGAGCGAAUAUGACCAGGAUCUAACCCACACGUACUACGACCACUAUCUGUCCCCACAACAGCAAGGACUCUGGAGGUGCCACUCUCUCUCCCUGUUGGACACUGGAGCAGACUCCUCCCCCUCUGACAGUCAGAGUCUGAAGAAAGAGGGUCCUGGGGCAUCUCUGUCCCCCUGGAAGAGUGUCGACCGACUUGACCACUCUGCGCUCAAAAGCCCAGACGGAAACUGGAUCGUCUUUCAGAGCGGCCAACUGCCCCAUCCCGGUCUGCUGACCAAGAGGAAGUCUCAGAUGUACAGCGCUUUGGAGAGAGAGUCUGGAGCGGUGUCAGCCUACGAAGCCAUGGACUCUGACUGUGAGCCUGACCACUCCUGGGGCACGGUCCUCAACGAGAUCCACAAGAAGAUGGGACAGUCUGAUCUGCUGGAAGGUCUAGAUCUGGAUUAUGUGGGAGGGAGGAGGGGGAGCAGAGACUCUGAGGGAAAUUACUGGAAAUCCAACAAGGCACUGCUGAAUAAGAAGGUGCCAGUAGAGAUCAGGAAGCCCUCGUCAUCUCGGAGGACCAGUAUCAUCGACAUGAACUUUAACCUGGAUGGAGGAACAGAAGAAGACGACACUAGAGAAGAGCUAGAGGAGAGGAGAGUGAGGAGGCCCAGGAAGAAGAGGAGGAGCAAAAGAGAGGCCAAUGUUUUAUGUGGACAGAACCACAGUAACACGGACACACUCCCUCCCUCCUCUGACGCCGUCACACCUGAAACUUUAACCUCUGGAGCAAUAACCCCUGACCUCCAGAGUGACAUCUCCGGCCUGGGUGCCAAUCAAAUCAACCGGGAACUUGCUGUAAAACUACAACAACUCGCGGAACAUGCUAGCAUUACUGACUCUUCAACCAAUGUACAAAACAGUGUCCUUGAGCGUAACAGUGGAGAUUACAUGGACCUGGAUGAAGGCGAAACUGAUGAUAAAACUGAAGAUCUCAUUGAACUUGACAAUGAAGCAAAAAACAGAUUAUACAAAUUAGUUUCUCAAUCUAGAUUGUUAUAUUUAUCCUCUACUGAUGAUGACUUGGACAAAGAAGGAAUCAGCGAGGAAGAGGACACACAACCAAACAAAGACCUUAAAUUUAAACUUUGCCAUCUCGAGCAGCAAGUCAAAUCUACUCAGUUUUCUUCUACGGAGGACGAACUCGAUAAAAUAGGUUUAGACGAGCACUUAAGACAGCAAGGAGAAGAUGAAGAGAUCGCUGUUAAAGUGUGCAAACAAGCCAGUCAAGUCAACGCUUCGCAAUUUUCUUCCACCGAGGAUGAACUGGAUAGAGUGGGGUGUGCAGAGGAAGCCAUAGAUGAUGCAGUGUUGUGGAAAUUGCAAGCACAGAGAGGGGAGCAAGUUAGAAAUUUAGCUGGUUUGGUGAGCAUAUGCCAGUUUUCAUCAACAGAGGAUGAAUUGGACCGGGUAGGACAGGAUGAAAUAGACGAAAAUGAGGUAACUUGUAGUGAUUUUCGCAGAAGAAACAGGGAGGAGUCUAUUGGAGAUUUAGAUGUCAACAUGUUUGAACUAAGAGAAGAUUAUAAUUAUUUAGAAAUGUCCAAAGGAGAUAUUGAGGUGAGCCAUGCAAAAGAAAGUAUUGAUUUUGAACGGAGGGAGUCUAUUGGGGAUUUUGAUGUUAGUAUGUUUGAACUAAAAGCAGAGGAAAGAUCUAGGUUGGAGGGUGAUACAGAGCCAGAUACAAAAGAAGGGGGCAAAUAUAUGGGAUACAAAACAAUCACAAGUCUUGAAAGUGAAUUUAUGAAUGAAGUUGAAGACGAUGGGCCAGAGAAAUCAGAUAGCGAAGAAGAUGAGGUUGAAUUUAACCGAAUAAUUAAUAGCAUGUUGAUGAUGACUUUGGAGGAUAUGGAAAUGGUAGAGCAAAAUUUGGGAGAAACAAAUGUGAAGGUUAAAGAAGAAGAGGGAGGGUUGCAUAAUUCAGAUAAUGUAGGAGGAGGUAAGGAUGGAGAGGAAGACAACAAUACGGGAAAAAUUAUCGAGAGAACGGGAAGUCAAGAUGGAAGUAAUGUUUUAAGUGGUAAAAUUAGCAAAACAGAUUCAAAAGAAAAAGUUAAUUUGGGAGUGAACACAGCAGUUGAGGCAAAGGAGGAACUUGGGGGAAUCUUGGGUAAUACUCAAGAGAAAGAAAUGAUGGAGGAGAGAAUGAAAAGUUCAGAUACAGACACAGAUGUGAGACUGGAGUCAAACCAGGAGAAGAGCGGCGUCUUCGUGACUCCAGAGGGUUUGCUGUCCCCAGAGGAAAUACAAAAGAGGUACUCGGCUCAGUCUCUGAGCAGCAUCACAACGGAGGUCCUUAAGGUGCUCAACGCCACCGAACAAUUGAUGCGGGAGACAGAGGGUGUCCCUGACCCGCUCUCAGCUCCAUCUGCUCCUCUGUCCCAAAACUACAAGCAACUGGACCAGCAGCUCUGUCGGCUUGAGGAAAAUGUUUACAUAGCGGCUGGUUCAGUGUAUGAUUUGGAGACAGAGCUUGAGGACCUAGAAGAGUGCGCCCGGGCCGUGUGCAGCUCCACGAGUCAAUCAGAGCUCAGAUACCUGGAGGAACAGGUGGCAACUGCUGCAACUAAGGUCCAGCAGUCCGACAUGCAGAUAUCAGACAUUGCAGCCAGAAUCGCCGCUUUGAGAAGUGCAGGGCUCAAUGUGGACCCUCAGCCCACUUUCACUAAAACCAGGACCUCACCAGCAAAGUGCAUUACUCUUGAUGCAUCAAGGCAGCAGAGGCGCCUGUUACCGGCUCCACCCACUAAAGAUGGCAAGAAAACCUAAAGUAUUUUACCUCCAAUCAGCUGAGUCUAGUGCCUUCAUUGUCACACAACAGACUAAUUAC